AUGAGUGAAAUCGUGUUCUUAUUGUCUUUGACUGACUUAUUUUGCUUAGCAUUACACUCUCUGGCCCCCACUGGCUGCUCUGAAAAGCCGUCUUUGCAUUGUUCCCAGUCGGGCUUCCAGUUCACCGCAACCACCUCCGCCCCCUUGGCCUCCCGCAGCUUUCUCGCUGGAGUCCUGGAACUCUUGCUCUCUUUUCAAUCCGCUGCAACGGAUCACCAGCGUGCCCCAGCCAAGGACACCAGCUCCGAGAUCACCACCAAGGACUUAAAGGAAAAGAAGGCAGUUGUGGAGGAGGCAGAGAAUGGAAGAGACACACCUGCUAAUGGGAAUGCUAAUAAGGCAAAUGGGGAACAGGAGGCUGACAGUGAGGUAGAUGAAGAAGAGGAGGAAGGAGGGGAGGAAGAGGAGGAGGAAGGUGAUGGAGAGGAAGAGGAUGGAGAUGAAGAUGAGGAAGCUGAGGCAGCUACAGGCAAAUGGGCCACUGAAGAUGAUGAGGAUGACAAAGUGGACACCAAGAAGCAGAAGACUGAUGAGGAUGACUAGACAGCAAAAAAGGAAAAGCUAAACUUAACAACAAAAAAUAGACCACCAUGACCUAUUCACCCUCCACUUCCCAUCUCAGAAUCUAAACGUGGUCGCCUUCGAGUAGAAUCCCGCCUGACUGCCCAACGAGGGCAGCGCCACCCGCAGAUGACACACACUCUUGCCACCCAACCAAAACCACAAUGUGAAUUUGCAACAGGGGAGGAAAAAAGAACCAAAAGCUUCCAAGGCCCUGCUUUUUUUUUCUUAGAAGUACUUUAAAAAUGGAAAUUUGUUUGUAUUUUUUAUUUACAUUUUAUAUUUUUGUACACAUUGUUGGGGACCAGCCAUUUUUAAUGAUCUUGGAUGAUCAAACCAGCCUUCAGAGCAUUCUCUGUCCUACUUCUGACUUUACUUGUGGUGUGACCAUGUUCAUUAUAAUCUCAAAGGAGAAAAAACACCUCGUAAAAAAAGCAAAACCAACAACAAAAAACCUUAUUCUGAGCAUUCUAGUAACUUUUUUUGUGUAUGUACUUAGCUGUACUCUAAGUAGUUGGUUUGUAUGAGAUGGUUAAAAAGGCCAAAGAUAAAAGGUUUCUUUUUUCCUUUUUUGUCUGUGAAGUUGCUGUUUAUUUUUUUUUGCCUGUUUGAUAUAUGUGUGAAACAAUGCUGUCCAACAAUAAACCGGAAUUUUAUUUUGCAGAGUUGUUCUAA